AUGACGGUUAGUUUCCAGCGCGUUUCCAGCGAAGCAUCUGCCGAGGCCUGGCGGCUUUGUGAUCACGGCGACUAUCCCGACACCGACGAGUGGGUGCGGGGCAAGGUGUGCAUCGUGACGGGCUCCAAUAGCGGGCUCGGCUACUACACCGCCCUCUACCUGGCCAGAAUGGGAGCGCACGUCAUACUGGCGUGCCGCAAUAUCGAAAAGGCGGAGAAGGCCAGGCGGGAGAUCAUCGACGCCAGCGGCAACGACCUGGUGGAGGUCAUGCAGGUGGACCUGGCCUCGCUCGACUCGGUGCGCAACUUUGCGCGGGAGUUUGAGAGGCGCGACCUGCCGCUCCACGUCCUCGUCAACAACGCAAGCGUGUUCAUGACACCCUACGCCAACACUGUCGAUGGCUUCGAGCGUCAGUUUCAGACCAACUACCUCGGCCCGUUCCUCCUGACCAACCUCCUCCUCCCGCGCAUGAUCGAGACCGGCAACGCGCGCAUCGUCAACGUCUCCUCCCAGGCUCACCGCAUCGGAACCGCGAAUUAUGCGGCAGGCAAGCUGGAGUGGGACAAUCUGCAGAUGGACAAGGGCUAUAGCCCGCUGAUUUCUUACGGCCGCACGAAGCUCAUGAUCGCCAUGGCCAGCUACGAGCUCGCACGGCGACUGGCCCAACAGGGCGUGUUCAUGACACCCUACGCCAACACUGUCGAUGGCUUCGAGCGUCAGUUUCAGACCAACUACCUCGGCCCGUUCCUCCUGACCAACCUCCUCCUCCCGCGCAUGAUCGAGACCGGCAACGCGCGCAUCGUCAACGUCUCCUCCCAGGCCCACCGCAUCGGAACCGCGAAUUAUGCGGCAGGCAAGUUGGAGUGGGACAAUCUGCAGAUGGACAAGGGCUAUAGCCCGCUGAUUUCUUACGGCCGCACGAAGCUCAUGAUCGCCAUGGCCAGCUACGAGCUCGCACGGCGACUGGCCCAACAGGGUGCGCCAGUCACCGUCAACGUCGUCGAUCCGUUCCUGGCCGACACCGGCGUCGCGGCCUACAGCACGCCCAUGCGGGCUUUCCUGUUCAAACUCCUCCAAAAGCUCUUCGCCGGAAGAGGCGGCGCAGACGUUCGGGUGGGUGGCGAGCUCGCCGGCGCUGGAGGGAUGACGGGCAAGUACUUCAUCCACAACAAGCGGCAGAUCGCCAGCAGCUCGACCUCGUACAACCUGGACGACGCCAAGCGACUAUGGGACGUCUCCGCCCGCCUGGUCGGUCUCGGGGCCACCCGCAGCUGA